GCCGCCUUUUCCCUUCAGGUUCCAUUUUCUGAGGACCGUUGGCGCGCGCCGGGGCCUGUUUCGAGGUGGCGUCCUAACCUCUCCCUGCGCAUCAUGACGGACCGUUACACGAUUCACAGCCAGUUGGAGCAUCUGCAGUCCAAGUACAUCGGGACCGGCCACGCCGACACCACCAAGUGGGAGUGGCUCGUCAACCAGCACCGGGACUCCUAUUGCUCCUACAUGGGCCAUUUCGACCUGCUCAACUACUUCGCCAUCGCCGAGGACGAAAGCAAAGCCCGCGUCCGCUUCAACCUCAUGGAGAAGAUGCUGCAACCCUGCGGGCCGCCUGCCGACAAGCCCGACGAGUCUUAAGUUUUGCAGCCGUGCAGCCCGCCCCGAGCGAGCGAGGAAGGAAGGAGGGAAGGAAGGAAGGAAGAAUGAAUGAAUGGGGGAGCUUAGCCUUGCCGACCCCCGGGGAACCGUUGGAUUCUGCACCGCCUCUUUCCACCCACCCGUGACUGCUCGUGGACUUGCGCGGUUAAAUGGAUCCCGACGUGUUUCGCACACCCUACAUGGCGGGGAGGGCAUUUUCUGAACUUUUGCCCUCUGUAGCCUGUGGGGACUUGGGACGGAGGAGACGGAGCAGAAGGGAGCCCGAUGGUUUCAGGCAGAGGAGGCACCGGGGUGGCUUGCUUUGAAGACUUGCAAAUGCAUCUUAUUUUUUCCCCCCCUUCAUUCCCCAUUUUGGAGUGUUUGGGAGGCGUUUUCACAAUUCGAUUUAAUAAAAGAUUAUGCUUUUUUAAAAAAAUAAAAUAAA